GCCGGUGGGCGGCGGGAGCUGGGUCUGCGCGGGCGGUAGGCAACGGCUGAGGCGGUGGCGGCGGCUGCGGCGUGGGCAGGGCUCGAGAGGGCGGCGGCACCUCAGACUCCCCGGAGCGGGAGCCCACGCGGGCGGGCGCCUGAAACAAAGGGAAGCGGGAGUCCGGGUGCCGCGGGUGGGCGGUCAGUCGGUCAGCGCGGAGCCGGCCAGUGGGUGCCCGCGCAAGCUCCGAGCCCGGCCGGCUGGCGCGGACUCAGGGCGGGAAGAUGCCGCGCGUCGUGCCUGACCAGAGAAGCAAGUUCGAGAACGAGGAGUUCUUCAGGAAGCUGAGCCGCGAGUGUGAGAUUAAGUACACGGGCUUCAGGGACCGGCCCCACGAGGAGCGUCAGGCGCGCUUCCAGAACGCCUGCCGCGAUGGCCGCUCGGAAAUUGCUUUUGUGGCCACAGGAACCAAUCUGUCUCUCCAGUUUUUUCCGGCCAGCUGGCAGGGAGAACAGCGACAAACACCUAGCCGGGAGUAUGUCGACUUAGAAAGAGAAGCAGGCAAGGUGUAUUUGAAAGCUCCCAUGAUUCUGAAUGGAGUCUGUGUUAUCUGGAAAGGCUGGAUUGAUCUCCAGAGACUGGAUGGUAUGGGCUGCUUGGAGUUUGAUGAGGAACGAGCACAGCAGGAGGAUGCUUUAGCACAACAGGCUUUUGAAGAGGCUCGUAGAAGAACACGUGAAUUUGAAGACAGAGACAGGUCUCACAGGGAGGAAAUGGAGGUGAGAGUUUCACAGCUGCUGGCAGUAACUGAACCCUUUGUCAGUGAGUUAAUUUAUCUGAUGGACUGAUAACAACUGAAGAUAUCCCCAAGAAUACUUCUUAGGCAAGAAGACAACAAGACCCUAGUCCUGGUUCCAAUUUAGGUGGUGGUGAUGACCUCAAACUUCGUUAAUUUGUAGCACAGCAGAUGUGCCACCCAUCUUUACAUUACACAUUGCUUCUAGUUGGCAGUAAUAAUUAAUUAAACGACCAGAAACUGUGAUAACUGGAGGUACUACAGUCUAUUUUCCAACCUUAGGCAGUAACAGACAUCACAAACUGCCAUGGUUUUGCACUAUGAUUAUAAUAUCUGCAUUUCUAAUUUUUAAGCGUGUAGCCAGUAAUAAUUUGAAAUUUUUUUCUAUGCAAGCUUACCUUGUUGGCAUUAUUUUGAAAUUGAAACUAUCUACUUGUAAAACUCUUUUUCCAUUUUAAUUUAAAGGUUCAUGUCAUUUAAAAACAGGUCAAGAAAUUAAAAUUUAUACCAGUUGCUCUAAUUUUUUUGUACUUUUAGAUGUGUUAGUUAUACAGCUUCAUUUUAGAUAACUGUUCUUGUUUUUUGUUUAGUUUUCCCCGUUUCCUUUUGUGUUUUUAUAGUCUACAGCAUUUUAAAACUGCUGAUGUUUGCAUUAUUUACAAGCUAAAAACCUAGUAGCAUAGAGCUGUCUGCCAUAGCCUUCUAACACAAGAGUUUACAGUUGUUAAAAAGUUGCAGUAUCCUCUUAAAUGCUAAUAAUCAGCACCCUUUCUUUCUUUUUUAAACAUAAAAAAUUUUUAAUUGAUAUUAAGUCUGUAAUCUGCCCCAGAUCUGUUUUAGAUUCUGUUCUGUAACCAUGAGUUUGGGUGGAGAUGAUCUCCAUAGAUUAUAAUCUUCUACUGAAAUGCCUAAAGAAGUCGCAGGCUGGCUUCUGUUUUAUUCAGGGAUUUUUUUAAAAAGUCAAUCAGAAAAGGGAUACUGGAACUUCUUCAUGUAUGUAACAGCAUAUUAAACUGGAGACAGUGAUGAAUCAGCUACAAAGGUAAUAUUGUAUUAAAAUCAUGUUUAAGAUAGCUGCUUUUAUGUGUAUUUUAUAUUGCAUGCUUUUGUAAAAACAUGCUGGGUGAUGAAAGAUCAGUCUUAGAGAGAAAAUGUUCAUCUGUGCAGAAGAUACAUUUUCUUCCAUUAAUUCUUAAGAAAACAGUCACAGUUAUAUAUAUGGUAUUUUGCAAAAGGACUGUUAAUAGAACCUUUUGAGAUGAAUUAGUGCAAGAAUAUUUUUAAAAUAGGCUUAACUGUCAAAUUAAGUGCAACUUUUUUUUUUUAAAUAAAAGACUGGAAAAAAGUGCCAAGUCAUGUGGCACCUCCUUACAAAUAUUUUUCAUGAUCACAUUCAUUAAAUGUUACAUUUCUGAAUUUUUGCAAAAAUGUAUUUUAUCAUAAUACAAUGGCAUUAUUUUAAAGAGUUUGAAAAACUGACAGUUGAUUCAGAAAAUGAACUGAAGUCUGAGUAAGGUCAUUACAUUUAAAAAGCUUUUAACUAUACUUGAUUGAUGAGGGAGAUGUGACUUUCAUUGUAUAUAGGUCUUAUAAUUCAUAAGCAAAUAUCCUGUAUCUCAGAAUAAAAAUGUUAUAUAUUUGAAAUCAUGCAUGGUAAGGAGUGUGUUUCAAUUCUUAUAAACAAUAAUGCAUCAUAAAAGACCAUGCUGAUCUUGUGUAACUAUAAGAACUAUGAAUUAAUUUGGUUGGUAUUGGUGUUGUGCAGCUCACAUGUUUACACACUCAGUGCCCUCAUUUCACCUGAGGGAAUCACUUUUUAAGUGUUCCUGACAGUGGUGUUUUAAGGUUACUUUAUCACAAAGCUCCUUGGUUUUUGACUUCUGCACUUAAAAUUGUUUUUAAAUAACAUGAUGAUGGUACAUUUUUCUCUAUUACUUCUAGCCAGGACUUUCAGUCCACCAGUAAAUAAGAUCAAAUGUUAUUAAAUGUUACUGUUGCCAUUCUUCUGUAAAUACUGAAUUUCUUCUGUCAUUUAGCACUAUGCUGCUUCUGUCCGUCUUAAUGCUGGCAUUAAGAUCAUGAGCCCUUUUUCUCCAAUAUUGCAGGCUUUGAAAACUUAUUGUUAAGUUAUUGAUGCAAUUUGAUAUUUUUCAUAAUCUGUAUUUAAACAAAAUUACAUCAUUGCAUCAUCAUUUCUAAAUUCAUCUUCAUUAAAACUUGCCUUAAGCUACCAGAUUGCUUUUUGCCACCAUUAGCCAUAUUGUGUGUUUGUAUGUUUUCUUUCACAAUAAACUUACGUGUAGU